AAAGUAGAAGAGCAGUACUCUAAAAAAACGUCGGCUGCUGCACUGCAUUUCAAUCAGGUGACCCAUACUGUAUCAGUCCCGCUUUUAGUCCCGGAAAUAAUGGCCGCUACCCGCCGGACAACAUCUUUGCUGAAAUCCUUGAUAGGAUCGCAGUUGAGACAUUAUUCAGAAGGUGUACGCACAGUAACCCUAAUACCUGGAGAUGGCAUCGGUCCUGAAAUUUCUGCUGCUGUUCAAAAGAUUUUCACUGUUGCUCAUGUUCCCAUUGAGUGGGAAGUAGUUAGUGUGACUCCAGUGAAAGGUCCAGAUGGUAAAUUUGGCAUUCCCCAGGCUGCAAUUGAUUCAGUGAACAAAAACACAAUUGGACUUAAAGGACCUUUGAUGACCCCUGUUGGGAAAGGUCACAGAUCUCUAAAUUUGGCACUUAGGAAGGAAUUUAAUCUGUAUGCUAAUGUACGACCAUGUAAAUCAAUUGAAGGGUACAAAACUCUCUAUGAUGAUGUUGACGUAGUUACAAUUCGCGAGAACACAGAAGGAGAGUAUUCCGGUAUCGAGCACGAAAUUGUUGAUGGCGUGGUGCAGAGCAUCAAGCUUAUCACGGAAGGAGCUUCGCGGCGUGUUGCGGAAUUCGCUUUUGACUAUGCUAGGAAUAAUGGGAGACAAAAAGUCACAGCUGUGCACAAAGCUAACAUUAUGCGUAUGUCGGAUGGUCUCUUCCUCCGCUGCUGCCGUGAGGCCGCUGAAAAGAAUCCAGAUAUUCGGUUCGAAGAACGUUAUCUAGAUACUGUAUGCCUCAAUAUGGUUCAAGAUCCUGGAAUGUAUGACGUACUUGUCAUGCCUAAUCUCUACGGAGAUAUUCUCUCCGAUCUUUGUGCUGGUCUUGUCGGAGGAUUAGGUUUGACACCUUCGGGAAACAUUGGAACUCAAGGAGCCAUUUUCGAAUCUGUUCAUGGAACAGCACCUGACAUUGCUGGUCAAGAUAAAGCUAAUCCAACGGCCCUGUUGUUGUCAGCCGUCAUGAUGUUGCGCUACAUGAAUCUCCCCGAACAUGCUGCAAAAAUCGAAAGAGCGUGCUAUGCCACAAUUAAGGAAGGGAAGUAUUUAACUGCAGAUUUAGGAGGUAAAGGAAAAUGUUCCGAAUAUACGGAUGAAAUUUGUCAGAAAAUAGCUGCAGAAUAAUUCCGUAAACCAACCGGUACUUUUUUUUGUUAGUAGCUUGACAAACAAGUGAUGUGACUAGCUGAAUUGUGUGUUUACUUAUAGUAAUAUACUGUAGUUGUUACUACUUACUAGAACUAAA